GUAGGUGUUCCAUCUUAUUUCUAUUUUACACAUGUCUCUCUCUUUCUUCUGUUGUUUGUGCCGUGCAUAUUUUUCUUUUCUUUUUCUCUUUUGUACGCUUUCUUAAUACUUUUAUAUUUCUUUUUUGAACACAACCAAACUCGCUAUUCCACAACACACAACCCAUUAAAUGAGCAGCAACGUCGGCAAUUCGCUCGAGGCCUCAGGCGUGCUGGUCGACAACAGCGCAAGCAGCACCCCUGUCGUUGAAGAGCAAGACGAUGUGUUCAUCACACAGUUCGCUGGCGAUGAGGAAGAGCAAGAAGAACUGUUUAUUCCACAGCUUAUUGUUGACGAGGAAGAGCAGAAAAAUAUGUUUAUCCCACAGCUUAUUGCCGACGAGGAAGAGAAAGAAGAUGCGUUUAUCCCACAUCUUGCCGGUGUCAGCAAAAACCAGGACAAUUUACCUAUUCCGCAGUCCACUGGCGACAGCGGAAAGCGGUCGGCGGUUCCAGUCAGCAAGCUCCGCGGCAACCAUAUACUCUCGCUGGCCCUCCAGCGCAUGUUCAAGGGCCCGGCGCCCACCCUCGACCGAAUUAUCCGGUUCCUGUCCUCCGGCAGCGGCCAAGACAAAUUCUGGAUGCUGAUCCAAUACUUUACAAAAAUUGUCGUGUGGGUGUACGCUAAGAGGGGCCACAGAUCGGCUUCGGAGCGUGUGCGCAGGUUUUCUAACUUGGUGUCCGACUACCGCAUUAUGACCCGGCUGACCGGUCUGGUAUCCAUGGCCCAGUAUGUGCGCUACGUCGAGCAGUUCCCGGCGCAAACACGGGCUCUGCAGUGGCUCGACCGCAUCAUGAACCUCUCGCUUGUAUGCUACUACCCACUGGAGCACAUCUACUGGCUGGGUGCGCACCAGAUUAUGCCAUUCUCUGACAAACUAGUUGACCUCUCGGGCUACUGGUCAUGCCGCCUCUGGGCAGUCUGGGUGGCCCUGCAGUUUGUGCACUUGGGAGAGGAGUACCGUCUUAUUAAGGGCAGGAAGCAGAAGACCUACACUCAGGGGAAGAUUGAUGCAGCCAAGAUGCAGGAUGAGCUGGAUGCUGUGGACUCGGAUACUAGGAGUCUGAAGAUCCAGCUUCUGAUUAAUGCUUGCUACUUCCCUUUGACCCUGCACUGGUCCAUUCGGGGGUCGAGGUUCCCCGAUGUUGCUGUUGGCGUGUGCGGCACCAUUGCUGCUGCCGCUCAGGCAUACACUACGUGGAAUUCAUUCGUUUAGUUUAAGCGGCGGCAAUGAUUUCCAAGAGGGUUUUAUAUCUUGAUCAAAUAAAUGCAUACAAAAUUGGAUGUUUAGAUCAUUGUAAACAAUUGGCUUUUAUUUAGUUACUGGCGACUGCCGCUUCUUCAGCACUAGUAUCCGAAGAGUCGCCUAUACCCAUAUUUUUACUGUUGCGUUUGGGUCGUUUGAGCCGUUUGAGUCGCUUGGCUAUAAAAAUGACAUUUAA